AUGCAGGAGGGUGUAGACAAGAAAAUACUGCAUGAAUCCAACUUCACUAGGAUUAGCAGAAGUAAUUCAGUUUGUAAUUCCACCCAUGAAGCAAGCACGUCAAGACUAUUGAAUCCUGAUCUGAAGAGAUCCAUGUCUGAGCUCACAAACCUUUCAAGGUUCACAGAAUUGAAUACAAAGGACAGGGUCAAAGAACUUUCCUUUGGAAGAAAUAAUGCAGAAGAAGAGAGGACAAGGAAGCUUUGGUUGACUAGAGCUCAUCGGACAGUUCAAUGGUUUGCCAGUCGCGAAGAAAUUCCCAAGAACCAGAGUGCAAAAAAGUACCCAUUCAACAUCUAA